AUGGACAGCAGAAGCGUGGUGCCGCUGAAGGAUCGGGAUCGUGUCCUGUAUCUGCUCUCCUGGUUGGCCCAGCGGUGUGAAGUACCCGGCUUACCACCGGUACAGGAGGAGCCAGUGGCCUAUGCCCUGCUGGUGUUGGAGAAGCCAGUCAUGUGUCCCAUGGGGAGUCUGGUGAUUGGGUCCAAGCUGGACUUCGACAUCCACAGUCCCAAUUGCCGCAUGGCCUUCUUCGGGAAAGUCCUGAGCAUCGUGGAUCCCAAGGACCUGAAGUCCCUUCGGCUCGUUAAGAUGAAGCAGAAGGUAGGCCUUAUGGACCGCGUGGACAAGCAGGACCCUUCCCUGGUCAUUUGCAAGGAUAUGUUCAAAGCUGACUCUGACAUCCAGAGCUUUACCGGCCUCAAGGUGCUUCAUGAGCAGUCUGGCAUGGAAGGCGUGUUGGAGGGAAGCUUUGGGCAAGAUGGCCGCAUCAAAGUUCGUUUCAAGGAGGAGAUUGCAUCCCUGAAGCUGGAUGCAAAGGGCAAUGUCAAAGGAACUGAGCGGAUUUCCCUCUUCUUCAAGAAGUUCGACUUCGAGAAAUCUGACGCCAUCAUCCAGUAG